UGGCUCGGCCUUGUGUUGGCAACCCUCCAUUUGUGGUACCUCAACAUGUACCGUAUCCAAAGGACCCAAGACCUGUUCAUCAGGAGGCUUUAUGAAGGAGCCUUUAUUGAGCAGUCGCUGCUCCUCAACACCAGAUUCGAAAUCCAGACCAAAGACAAAAUGAAGAAAUUUAGGACAUUUGAAACAGCGAUGGUGUACCUGUGCGCAACCAUGUGGCACGAGACCUACGAUGAGAUGUUGAACAUCAUUAUCUCAAUAUUUAGACUGGACAAGUACAGACCGAAGAAAGACCCAAAGUUCAACGAUUUCACCUUCGAAGCCCAUAUCUACUUUGAUGAUGCGUUCAAACAUGUCGAGGGCAGUCAGAGGCGCCACCUCAACAACUUUGCAAAGAACCUUGUGGAAAUCCUAACAGAAGUUUAUGGCAUCUUCACAAACAUUGAUGAGAAGUUCUUUAAGAAGCAGCAGCAGAUCCCUGAUCAGAAGGUCAUAAACACACCGUACGGAGGUCGACUAGAGGUCACCAUGCCUCAUGGGAACAAUAUUGUGGUUCACUUCAAGGACAAAGAACUCAUUCGGCACAAGAAGAGAUGGUCUCAGGUCAUGUAUCUUUACUAUCUUCUGGGCUGGAAACUCAUGACCAAAUAUUAUGCACGCUGGCAGAAUGGAGAUGACGAGAUAGAGCUGAAAGCAGACCUCCAGAGAGAGAAGCACAACACAUACCUCCUGGCUUUAGAUGGGGACACAGACUUCCAGCCAGCUGCUGUGAUGCUGCUCAUUGAUCGUCUGAGAAUGUACCCACGUGUUGGUGCAGCAUGUGGCAGGAUUCAUCCCACUGGAUCAGGUCCUGCAGUGUGGUUCCAGAAGUUUGAGUACGCUAUCAGUCACUGGCUGCAGAAGACGGCAGAGCACGUGAUCGGCUGCGUGCUGUGCAGCCCCGGCUGCUUCAGUCUGUUCAGAGCAGAGGCGCUGAUGGACGACAAUGUCAUGAAGAGAUACUCCACCAAGUCCAUGGAGGCGAGCCACUACAUCCAGUACGACCAAGGUGAGGACCGCUGGCUGUGCACUCUGCUGUUGAAGCAGGGAUGGAGAGUGGAAUACAACGCAGCGUCUGAUGCUUACACCAAUGCCCCAGAGGACUUCAAAGAACUCUACAACCAGCGUCGGCGAUGGGGACCGUCCACAAUGGCCAACGUGAUAGAUCUGCUGGGCUCUACCAACAUUAUUUCCAAGAGAAACAAUUCAAUGUCGAAACUCUUCAUGUUGUACCAGUUGUUUGCCAUCACAUCAGCCAUCCUGGCCCCCGCCACCAUCUGCCUUUUGAUUGCAGGUAGUUUGUCCUUCAUCUUAAACAUGCAUGGUAGUGCUGCCCUGGUCCUGGCUGUGAUACCUCCUGUCAUCUACCUGGGUCUUUGCUUCAAACUCAAGGCAGAUACUCAGAUCACAAUUGCAGCAAUCUUGAGUGUCAUAUAUGCAUUCCUCAUGUUGGUAGUGUCGAUGUCCAUUAUUGGCUCAAUGGUGAAGGACAGAACCAUUCUGACGCCCAGCAGCAUUUUUGUCCUCUCUAUGGCCAUGAUUUACACCAUCACUGCAAUAAUGCAUCCUCAGGAAAUCCAGCUGGUGUUCCACGGCUUUCUCUACAUCCUCUGCAUCCCCAGCGCCUACCUCCUUCUCACCAUCUACUCCAUGGUCAACAUGAACAACGUGUCCUGGGGCACUCGAGAGUCGAAACCUGCUGCCGGAGCUUCCAAGCCUGAAGCCAACGUAAUGCAAAAAACAGCCCAAAAAGCCAAAAGCACCUUCUGCCGGCUGUUUUCAUGCCUCAAAUGUUGCAAGAAAUCCAGCCAGAGAUCUGGAGAAGAGCAGGUCAUUGUCAGCCAGGAAAACCCGAUCCAACAGUCUGAACCCCAGCCCCAAAACACUAUUGUGGAGGACAUACGGAUCCAAGAGAAAGAACAGAAUCAAGUGCAGCCUGUUUUCAACUCUCCUGCCCAAUGUUGGAUCACACAACUACAAAAUGUGUGCACUGACAUGAAACUGCAGGAGGACUCACUUGACAAGGAGGAGGGGGACUUCUGGAGAGAACUUCAGGACAAGUAUCUACAACCUCUGCCAGAUGACAAAGAAAAACAGAAAAAGAUUGCCAGUGACCUGACAGACCUGAGAAACAAGAUAAACUUCGCUUUCUUCAUCAUGAAUGCCCUGUGGCUGGUGGGGACAUUUACCCUCCAGCUUUUCGAGGCCUCCAUCUCCAUCAAGCUCCCAAAGGUCAACCUCGAACUCGAGUACACCGGAGAAGACGUACAAAUUGAUCCCAUUGGCUUCAUGUUCAUUCUGGGAUUUGCUAUAUCAGUUUUGAUCCAGUUUGUUGCGAUGCUGUACCACAGAAUCUACACUUUGAUACAUUAUGUAGCUUUUCUGGAAACAGAGCCGAAAAAGCAGAAACCUGAAAAAGAAGAAUUAUACGUCACUUCACACAAAAAGAUCCGCUCUGUGUCUCAAGCCAGCACCACUUCCACCUACCAGGUUGAGUCUGACCCUGAGGACAGUGAUGAUGAUUUUAACCUUUCCACGACAUUGUACCACAGAAGCAAUAAUGGAGGGACUAUGGUGUAAACACAGACUGUCCACAACCAACACUUUUUAGCACUUUGAAAUAUCUACUGUACGUUUUAUCUGAACAAAACAAAUCUUUAUUAUGUGUAUUAUUUAUGUUAUGUUUACAUUAGGUUCAGUGCAAUUUAUUUAUAAAAAAUCUUGCUUUGAAAAAAACUCUGGGACAGAACAACACAACCUCUAAAAACUGUCUAAAAACAAGACAGGAUAAUAUCAGGUCAGUAACUUUAACACUGUUAUCUGAAGUUAAACUCUAAAUCUUAGUUUUCUUUGACUUUGCUGCUUCUGUGUUUAAUGAAACUGUAAUGUGAAGAUGGAUAAAUGAAGUUUAAAAACAAUAUGGACAAUGUGAAGAGAAAUUACACUGUCGGCAUCUACUGUCAGAGAAACUCAUGAAGUUCUUUUAAUGGUGAAGAAAUCCAGUCUGAGGUUUGGUAAAUCAUUAACUGAAUCCUAAAGAUCAGGGAAGUCUAAAAUCAGGGAUUUUUUAAGAUAAAUGCCACAGAGGUUAGUGAAAUACUGUACCGCACUGAUCAGGACAGCACACCCCAUAUUAUAGUUUCUGCUGUGAUUGCUGGUCGUCUUUAUCAAGUGUAUUUGUAUGCAUGUGCUACAAGGUGUGCCUUUUUUAACCUUUUUUCUGGAAUUGUUAUCUUUAAUUCACAACAUAUUAGAAGAAAUGUGGUAUGUUCUUUGUAUUGCUCUUAUAAUCAAUUGCUUGUAAUAAUGGUAAAAAUGCUUUGAUGCUGCACAAACUCCUCUUGAAGUUCUUCUCUGAUGGGUAAAAAAAGAAGCUACUGGUGACAUAAUGCAUAUCAUAAGAAUCACAUUGGCCAACAAGUAUUACCAAAUACUAAGUAAUAAUUUUUAUUUACAUUUAUUUUUGAAUAAAGGAUAAAAAAAGUGACUCUAUCUAAAGUAAAGUACUGUGCUACUGUCUAUGCUGUGUUGUAUUACUUUUGGAGUUGAGUUGUUGAUGAGGUCUAUGUUUUGUGUUAUGUUCUUGUUUCCCAAUAAAGCUUUUUCUGAUAAA